UGGCGGCCAUGAUGGCGGCGGCGCCUCCGACCGCGGCCUCUCCCGGCGGUCCCGGAGCCCCCCCGGGAGCCGCGCCCGGCCCGGUGGGACCCGCGGGGGCCGCAGGGGGGGCCGCGGGAGCAGCGGGAGGAGCAGCGGGAGGAGCGGGAGCGAAGAGCGGCGAGGAGAGGAUGAAGGAGAUGGAGGCCGAGAUGGCGCUGUUCGAGCAGGAGGUUUUGGGGGCUCCAGGCCCCGCCCCCGGGGACCCCCUGGCCCCGCCCCCCGUGCUGCGGCCAAUCAUCGCCACCAACACCUACCAGCAGGUCCAGCAGUCCCUCGAGGCUCGCGCGGCCGCCGCCGCCACCGGCACCGUCCCCACCCUGGGGACCCCCCCGGGACCUUUUGUGGGGCCAGGUCAGUGUCACAAAACUGUCCCCAAAGUGUCCCCAAAGUGUCCCCAACCCCACCUGGGGACCCCCCCGGGACCCUUCGUGGGGCCAGGUCAGUGUCACAAAACUGUCCUCAGUGUCCCCAAAGUGUCCCCAAUGUCACCAAAGUGUCCCCAAAGUGUCCCCAACGACCCCCCCAGGGCCAGGUCAGUGUCACCAAUGUCAUCAAAGUGUCAGCAAAGUGUCCCCAAAGUGUCCCCAAUGACCCCCCCAGGGCCAGGGCAGUGUCACCAAAGUGUCCCCAAAGUGUCCCCAGUGUCCCCAAUGUCCCCAAAGUGUCCCCAAAGUGUCCCCAACGACCCCCCCAGGACCAGGUCAGUGUCACCAGUGUCCCCAAUGUCACCAAAGUGUCCCCAAUGACCCCCCCAGGGCCAGGUCAGUGUCCCCAAUGUCACCAAAGUGUCCCCAAAGUGUCCCCAAUGACCCCCCCAGGGCCAGGGCAGUGUCCCCAAUGUCCCCAAAGUGUCCCCAAUGUCCCCAAAGUGUCCCCAAUGUCACCAAAGUGUCCCCAAUGACCCCCCCAGGGCCAGGUCAGUGUCCCCAAUGUCACCAAAGUGUCCCCAAUGACCCCCCCAGGGCCAGGUCAGUGUCCCCAAUGUCACCAAAGUGUCCCCAAUGUCACCAAAGUGUCCCCAAUGACCCCCCCAGGGCCAGGUCAGUGUCCCCAAUGUCACCAAAGUGUCCCCAAUGACCCCCCCAGGGCCAGGUCAGUGUCCCCAAUGUCCCCAAAGUGUCCCCAAUGUCACCAAAGUGUCCCCAAAGUGUCCCCAAUGACCCCCCCAGGGCCAGGUCAGUGUCCCCAAUGUCCCCAAAGUGUCACCAAUGACCCCCCCAGGGCCAGGUCAGUGUCCCCAAUGUCACCAAAGUGUCACCAAAGUGUCCCCAAUGACCCCCCCAGGGCCAGGUCAGUGUCCCCAAUGUCACCAAAGUGUCCCCAAAGUGUCCCCAAUGACCCCCCCAGGGCCAGGUCAGUGUCCCCAAUGUCACCAAAGUGUCCCCAAAGUGUCCCCAAUGACCCCCCCAGGGCCAGGUCAGUGUCCCCAAUGUCACCAAAGUGUCCCCAAAGUGUCCCCAAUGACCCCCCCAGGGCCAGGUCAGUGUCCCCAAUGUCACCAAAGUGUCACCAAAGUGUCCCCAAUGACCCCCCCAGGGCCAGGUCAGUGUCCCCAAUGUCACCAAAGUGUCCCCAAAGUGUCCCCAAUGACCCCCCCAGGGCCAGGUCAGUGUCACCAAUGUCACCAAAGUGUCCCCAAUGUCCCCAAUGUCCCCACAUGUGGUGUCCCCGCAGUGUCCCCAAAUGUCCCCAAAUGUCCCCUGGGUGUCCCCAACUGUCCCUGGGUGUCCCCUCAGCGUCCCCUGGAUGUCCCCAAAUGUCCCCUGGAUGUCCCCAAAUGUCCCCUGGGUGUCCCCAACUGUCCCUGGGUGUCCCCUCAGCGUCCCCUGGAUGUCCCCAAAUGUCCCCUGGAUGUCCCCAAAUGUCCCCUGGGUGUCCCAAGAUGUCCCCAAAUAUCCCCUGGGUGUCCCUGGAUGUCCCUGGGUGUCCCUGGGUGUCCCCAAGUGUCCCCUGGGUGUCCCCAAAUGUCCUUGGGUGUUCCUAGGGUGUCCCCAAGGGUCCUUUGGGUGUCAUCACUGUCCCCAAGAGUCCCCAAGUGUCCCCUGGGUGUCCCCAGGUGUCUCCAGGGUGUCUCCCUGUCCCCUGGGUGUCCCCAGGGUGUCCCCUGGGUGUCCCCAAAUGCCCCCUGGGUGCUCCCAAGUGUCCCCAAAUGUCCCCAGGGUGUCCCUUGGGUGUCCCCAAGUGUCCCCAAAUGUCCCCAAACAUCCCCAGGGUGUCCCCAAAUGUCCCCAAACAUCCCCUGGGUGUCCCAGGGUGUCCCCUGGAUGUCUCUAAAUGUCCCCAAGUGUCCCCAAAUGUCCCCAAACAUCCCUAGGGUGUCCCCAAAUGUCCCCUGGGUGUCCCCUGGGUGUCCCCAAAUGUCCCCUGGGUGUCCCCAAAUGUCCCCUGGG